UUCACAUCUAAUGUCGGAAAUCGCAGUUCCCAGUUCCGCAUCUGUCUUUUGAUAAACUUUAUUGAGAAAAUCGACAUACAGUGGAACAGCAUUAACAUUUUACUUGAUAUACAUAUGUAUGUGUCUAUGUGCUAGUAUAUAAUAUAUAGUAUAAUAAACUACGCUUUGCGCGAGUAAAGAGAAUAAAUAUGCAAGAAGUGUUUCUAACGCGACAAAAUGCAGCACGAAGAAUGCGAGAAUAAGUGGAAAAGCAUAGUGAAAAGAUUUUAAGAGAAAUCAAAACGCAUUAGAAAUAUAAAAACCGAGUCUCGCAAAUAUUCAAUAACAAAAAUCAGUGAUAUAAAAAGCAAACAUUUUCGUUAUAGACGCAACAGCAACAACAGUAGAACAAGUGACAAUGUGGCUUGCGAAUCAUACUUAUCGACAGCAUUUCAUGCGAAAACCACAACAACAACACGGACACACGGCCAAAGCUAAAGGCAGCGCAGUGCCCGCCAGGCAGCUUGUUAGCAGUUAAGGCAGCAACAACACAGACAAGCGAACUGCUUACGAGAGUGAAAUAAAAAAUAGUAAAAAUAAUAGCAACAAACCAAACAUCGUUUACGCCGGCAAUUCGAAGAAAUUUUCCAAAGUAAAACGCAGCUUGAACUAUUGUGCUGUGAAAGCAACUAAAAAACUAAAAUUAGUAGCAACAAAACAAAAAAAAAAAAAAAUAAAAAACAAUUAAGAAGUUGAAGAAGUAAAUUAUAAGACGGGCGCGUUUAAAAUUGAACAAAUUUAAACAAAAAACGUCGAUUGUCGCUGGCACAAAGUGAAAUUCGGUGUAUUCUGUGCGUCGCUGUAGAGUUGGUACUAACUCUCCUACGGGCGGACGCCAUGUAUGCGCGAGUAUUGCGCAAAUGGAGUCUACAAACGAAACCGCAAGUAUUUAUGAACAUGUGGCGGCUGCUGCUGCUCACCCUGCUGCUGAUCUGUCUCUACACAACGCCGGUCACAUGCCUUACAACCGCCUACGCCCAACGCCUGCGUGUGAAUCGGAGCACAGCGCCUGCCAUCGCGCCACUGAUUGCCACCGCGUCUGCGACUGUCAAUGCGGCGGCAGCACUAACGGCUCCUCUACCAACAACAACAGCAGCAGCAGCAGAAGUACCAGCGGCAGCAGCAGUGGCGAGUGCAAACACACGCGAACUCGUAUCAGCAACACAGCCGCUCACGCCUUCAGCAGCAAAAGUAGAAGCCGCCACUGUUGGCGACAUCAUCGAAGAAAGUUUUUACAUACCCGUCGAUGGCGCCGACACAGAUAGCAACAUCUAUGGCGGCAGCAGCAGCCGUCUAGUGCAAGCGCUAGACGUUCAUGGUGCAGCGGGUGCAACAGCAGGUGUAGAUUUAGUGGGGCACAGUGGCAGCAACGACGUGGCGGUCAGCGGCAGCAGCAGCAGCAGUAGGAUAUUUAGCAGUAGUAGUGUAAUGAACAGCGAUAACAGUGGGAGACAGCAACAACAACAUAUAAAACAAGCGCAGCUAUAUAAACAAAGCAAUGGUUUGGGUGCAACCGAAGCAAAUGCAAACGAUUUGGCCUACGCGUUUUAUCGACGCCCAGUGCCACAAUCAUUCUACCAAUCAGCGAAAGCUUUACAAGCAACCACAAAGCCAACAGCAGUAGUGAUGGGGGCACAGGCGCCAACAACAGUAUUUAGACCGCAGUUUAGCGCCCACUACGUGGCGAACGAUGAACGCGUUGCCAACGAUGGUGAUGAGGAGGAGGAUGACCAUGAGGAGGAUGAAGAGGAGAGUGAGGAGGAGGAAGCUGAGGAUGUAGAUGAUGAUGUCGAUGGCGACGCCGAUGUGUAUGCGCAUGCAUCGGACGAGGGCGGCGACGACGACUAUGGUCGUCAGCAACAAGAAAAAGUUCCAAAUAAUAAAAAUAGUCACAUAAUUAAUUUAUUUAAACCAUAUAAACAUAGCAACAUUAAUAACUACAAUACCAAUUACAAUCGAAACACCAACACCAACUCAAAUUUACAUAAAACACAUCCAGAGCAACUGCAACAACACACGCGCGGCAGCGCGGCAACUGCGCGACCACUACACACAGCGUUCAGCAGCGACACACUAACGUACGCGGCGGACAAGCGCAGCUACAAGGCGCGCCGACAUGCGCCGCUUACAAAUACACAACAACAACAACAGCAUUCAAUGCGAUUGCAUGCCGCGCAUACGCCAAGGAACGCACAGCACGCGCUCACCAGCACACCGCUGCCCAUCGCCGCGUACCCCACCAAGAAGGUGUACCAGCUGGUGAACGGCAAGAAUUUGACGCGCCUUGUGCACAUCCUGCCGCCCACACAUUACCGCUUUACCGCUUAUGAAAUACCCGCGUCACUACCAUACCGCGGAGAGUUGACAGAGCAGCAACGACGCGCGCUGCAGCAACAGCACGAGCAGCAAUUGCAGCAAGAUCAAACGGCGCGCUCACGCCGCGACUCGCGCGUCUUUGGCUUGGCGCAGUCCAUGAGUAGUGGCAUUAACGCUGGCUUCUACAGCAUGCAACAGGCGCCAGAGCUCACAUUGGCGCAGCAAUUGAACGCACAGCAACAACACCAGUACCAACGCUUGCAACAAGCAAGCAGCAGUGCUGGUGGCAACAGUUGGCAGCAAAUGAGCGGCAACAUGUACCAACGCCAAACGCUGGAGCUGCAUCGCAAGCAACAACAGUAUAAUCAUCAUAAACACCAACACAAUAAGGGCGCACAAGGCGGUAUGGGCGUCAACAACAACAACCAUCAACGUAAUACGCACAGUGGUCAUCAUAGCAACAACAACAAACACAAUCAGCGUCAACGUCAACGCAAGCGACCGCGACGCUAUUGUUCGGCGCGCGAUCCGGCACAGUUGGCGUUCGAGGCGCCCAUCGUGUUUGAGGGCAAAAUCACAUCGAUGUCACCGGACCGCCGUCACAACUUUGCCGCCACAGUGCAAGUGCUGAACGCAUACAAACAGCAGAUUGGCUAUCAGGUGAAACGUGAACAAUUCGUGCGGCUGCAGUUCGAAUAUAUCAAUAGUAGCGGCGAGUGCGACAUCUAUCGCGAGCAGCUGCGACCGCGCGGCCUAGUGCGUGGCGACGAGCUGGAGCUGCAGCGCACCUAUCUAUUCUUCGUGCAACAGAUCGAUAUGCGCAACUUCACCAUACUCGGCCAGCCGAUCAGGAAGACGCGGCGCGUCAUCGAAGCAGUGAAGGAUGCCGUGAGCGAAAAUUAUGCACAGCUCGCAUCGAUACGAAAUAUAACCACCAAUCGGACGAUGGAAAUCGGUAAAGAGUUGCACAUUGUUUGCAAGGUGCAGGGCAGGCCGCCGCCAAAGGUCACCUGGUUCAAGGAUGGUAAAUCGAUUAAUCGCAAUCGAAAAUUAUACAAAUUUCGGCACUUCAAAAUGCGCUCCGAGCUGAUCAUUCGUUCGUUUAACAUCUCCGAUACGGGGCAUUACGAAUGCCGUGCCAAAAAUAAAAUCAAUCAGGAGCCAGCUCGACGCAUCAUAGCAAUCAAAGCGGAUCCAGAGACACGUUCUACAACAAAUCUAGCAGGCGGCACUGGCAAGGUCUGUUCCGAUGAUGCCGCUGAAUUCUGUAUGAAUGGUGGCACCUGUCAUUUCUAUACGGAAAUCAACUCAUUCUCUUGCAUAUGCCCGGAGGGAUUCAUUGGUGAACGCUGCGACCGCAAGGAAGUCAAUAAUUUAUCUCCCAAUAUCACCAUCAAAGUCGGUUAUAUAGCAGAUGAUCCCAAUUCGUAUACGGAAUCUAUAGCGGCAAAUCUUCCUUUCGGUGGAACGCAACUGAUGCCUGUUGAGUAGAAUAUUCACAAUGAGAAGAAAGAAUAAGUCAAUAAAAUAUUAGACUCAUCUAAACCUUAUACAAUAUACAAUAUAUAAUAUGUAUGUGUGUAUAUGUAUGACAACGCUUUGCUUCGAAAAAUAAACGUACAUUAUAUAAAUAGUGCGUAUAUGUUAGAGAAAUUAGAAUUACUGCGGCGCGAGAAAUGAAAACAAGCAUUCAUAAAGACAUUAACAAUAAUUUUAUUUAAAAACGUAAAAUAUGGUGUUUUGUGAUUGAUAUUUCUUAAUUAAGUAAAGUUUCCAAGUGCUUUUAAGAACACUAAGUGAUUCCAGCCAUUAAUUGUAAGCGGUUUAUGUAGCAUAAAUAAUCGUUUAAAAUAUUUCAUAAUUACCAACAUUUCACAUGCUAAUUUAGUGCUAUUGUAAGUUGCUUUUAACGAUUUGUUGAAAAUUUAUUGCUAAGCUCAUAGA